CUGCGGGCGGAGGUCGGUGCCCGCUCGGUGCCCGGCCGGGGCUGACGUGUCCGGCGCGGCGCGAUGGCGGCCGCCUGGGAGGAGAUCCGGCGGCUGGCGGCCGAUUUCCAGCGGGCGCAGUUCGCCGAGGUGGCCCACAGAUUGUCAGAACGGAACUGUAUAGAAAUUGUCACUAAACUGAUUGCAGAGAAGCAGUUGGAAGUAGUGCACACACUUGAUGGCAAGGAGUAUGUCACUCCAGCACAGAUUAGCAAGGAGAUCCGGGAUGAGCUUCAUGUUUGUGGUGGUCGAGUUAACAUUGUCGACUUACAACAGGUAAUAAAUGUGGACCUUCUACACAUUGAAAACAGAGCUAAUGACAUCGUUAAAUCUGAAAAAACUAUUCAGCUUGUAUUGGGACAGCUUAUAAAUGAGAGUUACCUGGAUCAAUUAGCGGAAGAAAUAAAUGAUAAACUUCAGGAAACUGGCCAGGUGACAAUAUCAGAACUUUGUAAGGCAUACGACCUUCCAGGAGACUUCCUGAUACAGGCAUUAUCCAGGCGUUUGGGCAGAAUUAUUCAUGGGCAACUAGACCAGGAAAACCGUGGGGUGAUUUUUACAGAAGCCUUUGUGUCCCGCCAUCGAGCACGCAUCCGUGGUCUCUUCACUGCGAUUACUCGGCCUACACCUGUAAGUAACUUGAUCACUCGGUAUGGAUUUCAAGAACAUUUACUUUACUCUUUACUAGAAGAACUUGUUAACACUGGUCGUCUAAAAGGCACCGUGGUUGGUGGGAGACAGGAUAAGGCUGUGUUUGUUCCAGAUAUCUAUGCCAGAACACAGAGCAACUGGGUGGAUUCUUUUUUCAAGCAGAAUGGUUACUUAGAAUUUGAUGCAUUGUACAGACUUGGUAUCCCCGACCCAGCAAGCUACAUUAAAAAAAGAUACAAGUCAACACAGCUUUUAUUUCUGAGAGCAGCUUGUGUUGGUCAAGAAAUUGUGGAUCAAGUUGAAGCCUCUGUAGAGGAAGCCAUCAGCUCUGGAAACUGGAUAGACAUAGCAACUCUUCUGCCCAGUUCAUUAUCAGUAGAAGAUGCUGGGAUUUUGCUUCAGCAAGUGAUGAGAUCUUUAAACAAAAACUCUUCAGGUUUAGUCUUCAGUGACACCAUUGCAGUCAGUGAGAAAUUUCUAAGCAGCUGUGCUGACCUCUUUUCUGAUAUGAUGCAACAGAAAGCUGAAAAGGAAAUGAAAAACAACCCUGUUAAUUUAAUCACUGAAGAAGAUUUAAAACAGGCUUCCAGUUUAGAGAAUUCAUAUGCUAAUAGAAAAGACAAAAAGGAUGAAAGAAGAAAGAAAGCAACAGCAAGUAAUUCCCCACCAGAGGGCAGUGGAAGCGUGAGAGCAGGAGGCGGUGGCAAUGCCAGAGAGAUCAAGAUUAAGAAAACCAAGAAGAAAGGAAGAAAGGAUGCUGACAGCGAUGAAGAGUCACAGGGGACUGUCACAGGUAGGAAUAAGCAGCCAGAGUUCCCUUUCAUGUCUCAAGAGGAAAUUGAGGAUGUCUUAAAGACCCGCCUGCAGGAUUGCCCUGAAGAGCUUAUUACAGAAAUUGCUGAACAUCUAAGAAGACCUUUAACAAAAACUUAUCAGGAAGUUGUGCGUUCUGUUUUUACGUCUUCAACAUCUUCCUCUGGAGCUAACAGAAAACAGACUAUGAAGGACUUGCAGGAGGAAUUCUCAAACUUGUACAACAACAUUCGGUUAUUUGAAAAAGGAACAAAGCAUUUCACAGAUGAGACUCAGACUAACCUUGCCAAACACUUGUUGAAGACUGUGUGUACAGACAUUACAAAUCUUAUUUUCAACUUCUUAGCAUCUGAUUCAAUGAUGACAACAGAAAACUACUCUACAAUCACAAGUGAGGGCAGGACCAAGAUUUUAGGUAAACUGCCAGAAGACACCAAAGGUCCUUUAACUAAACUGCAUACUUCUCUGAAUGGCAAGAGUGUAGAAGAUUUUCUUUCAUGCCUUGAUUCUGCAGUGGAUAUUUGUGGUAUUAUGGUGAAAAAAGGAGACAAAAAGAAGGAAAGGCAAGUCCUGUUUCAACAUAGGCAAGCUUUGAUUGAACAGCUGAAAGUCACAGAAGAUCCAGCUCUUGUUCUGCACCUGACAUCAGUACUGUUAUUUCAGUUUUCAACUCACUGUAUGCUUCAUGCACCAGGAAGAUCAGUACCACAGAUAAUUAAUUUCCUAAGUGGCAAGAUCCCAGAGGAUCAACAUUCUCUGUUAGUCAAAUACCAGGGAUUAGUGGUGAAACAAUUGAUCAGUCAGACUAAGAAAACUGAACAUGGAGAGAGUGACACAACAGAUAACAGGGAAGAGGAGGAAGGAGCAGAUACCAUUCGAAAAGAGCUCCAGGAAAUCACUACCUCUAUCAAAGAUGUUGUUCUGAGACCUAGGAAAUUUUCUGUAACAGAGGAAUAAAAUUAUUAUUCAGUGCAUCUA